AUGGAGGACAGGUAUUUACUCAAGAAGGCCCGGUGGGAUAUUGAAGGCUUGACUAAAGAAGAAAGAAUAGUUGCACUGGAGACCGAAAAUGCCCUUCUUCAUUUAAAGCUUGCCCAGUAUCAAGGGCUGUCUGGAAGAAGCACUAAUGAAGUUUUGCAGCUCUACUCUGCGCAUGGACAGCAGCAGACAUUGCAGAGAAACGCUGUUGUAACACAGCUUCACAGAGCAAUACAGAGGCUCAAGCAAGACCUGAGGAGCCUCCAUGCGUUUGCUCUUGAGCUUUCAAAAGACUUUCAGCAUCAGUGCAAGACUUAUCUUUACCAAGUUUUGACAGUGGUCCAAAGGAUACAGCUGCAAAAUGAAGCAAUGCAAAUGUUUCAGUUAAAAGCUUUUGAUCUUGAGCAGUCCCUACAAGAGGUAACGGAGAGAUAUGAAAAGGAAAAGCUGAAGAGGAGAGCUCUACAUAACAGUUUAGUUGAGUUAAGAGGAAAUAUCAGAAUCCACUGCCGGAUCCGUCCAUUGCUACCUUUUGAUACUGCUGCUGGACGUACAGUACCACAAGAUAGGCAAAGAAAUUUUAUGGAAAAAGUGGCAUAUGCAGCUGAUGAUGAAACUGUCCUUGUAAAAUGUAACCGUCCUGGUCACGCAUCAAUAAACAAGACUUUUCAGUUUGAGAGAGUUUACAAUGCUUCUGAAUCUCAAGACACAGUGUUUGCAGAUGUGGCCCCUUUGCUAACUUCUCUUCUGGAUGGGUACAAUGUGUGUAUCAUGGCUUAUGGGCAGACUGGAAGUGGGAAGACAUACACAAUGUUGGGACCACAGUCAGAGAAGAACCCUGCAUUCUCCAUAGAAGAUGAAUCGGAACUUGGAAUCAUUCCUCGAGCUACGCAGGAAGUGUUCAGGCUUAUUUCAGAAAAGCCACCAGGAAGUUACUGGGUUGAGGUUUCUGUUGUCGAAGUAUAUAAUAAUGAAAUUUUUGAUCUUCUGGCCAAAGACGGUUGUGGAAGAGUGUAUGGCAUCAAACGUGAUGUUGUCACAACCAGAGAAGGGAAGAGUGAUGUUCCAUUUCUUACAUAUGAAACUGUUGAGAAUGCAUCUGAAUUCUUGCAUCUAGUCAACAAGGGCCUGCAGUUAAGAGCCAGAAACCCAACGCUGGUGCACGCUCAUUCUUCUCGUUCUCAUCUGGUAGUUACAUUGACCAUAACCACAAUUGUAUCUGGAGAUAACUUUGSUAUUUCAUGGGAAGAUGAACUAACCAGUCAGAAGCUAAAUAAAGAGGUUUCCUGCGCUGUUCCACAGAAAAUGAGAGAAAAUAAAUCCACCUUUUCUUCCAGAGCCUCUUCACCAGCCUCUUCAGAAACAACUGAAAAAGUGAAGCAAWUCAAAACUAGACUGCAGCUGGUGGACCUCGCUGGUAGUGAGUGUGUCGGGAUGUCUGGAGCGACAGGCGCAGCGCUGAGGGAGACGUCGUUCAUCAACCGCAGCCUGUGCGCGCUGGCCGACGUCCUCGGAGCCAUCGCAGAGCAGCGGCCCCACGUGCCCUACCGCAACAGCAAGCUUACCCACCUGCUCCAGGACGCCCUCGGAGGUGAUGCCAAGUUGCUGGUGAUGCUGUGCAUCUCUCCCGGUCAGAAGUACUUAGCAGAAUCCAUGCAGUCUUUGGGAUUUGGAACUCGUGCUCGGCAAGUUCAGAGAGGACAAGUCAAGAAAAAAAAUCUCCCAGUACCGAGUAAAGCAAAAUAAAACCCAAGACUCCUGUGGAUUAAAGUAUUAUUAAUGAGUUCCUCAGACUGAAAUGUAUACUGUUGUCCUAAAGGCAUUCUUGUAGAUACCAACAGCCAGAUAAAAUAAACAUUCCUCAAUAUGGCSUUAGCAAGCCAUAAGCCUGCUGCUAAUGUUCUUGCUCCAGGCAUAGCAAGUAUUGACCACAGCUACCAGCCAUGAUGGAAUGGCACAGAAAUUGAUCAGGCUUUAAAA